UCUCUGCUGGUACGUACGCUACUGUCCUUCGGAGUAUCUCGCGUCGGUGGUUCUUAAAUCUAUAGAGUUUUCAAAAUGCAAGCCUGACAACAAAGAUCUGGUUAAUUCCGUUGAGUGGCGCUAGGCGAGCCUCUUAGCAGGGCCAGAGCAGCUCGCGCGUUGUUGUUCGCGUCUCACCGCAGCGUCCUGCGUCAGUCGCGCAGCGAGUCUAUCUCUUUCUCUCUGUCUGUCUGUCUGUCUGUCUCUGCUCGAAGGGCGUCGUUCGUUGGCUUACUUUCUCCGGCCGAUUUCGGUAUCUGCAAUUGAAGCUGCAAUUUUGUUGCAAUGAUCGUCGCUGGUGGUAGCACGUGCCGCUGGUGGUACAACGUGUACGCGCUUUUGACGAUAUUCCUGUUGCUGGUAGAAACAGGGCAUAGCAUCCGAUGUUAUCAAUGCAAUAGCACCAGCAACGAUUACCCGUUCCAGUGUAACGAGGUUCUGUCGGGCGACGUGGAUUUGCAGCCGAAAGCGUGCGAUGACGUUUACGGGGCGCAAUAUUGCGUUAAGCACACAGGCCGUUUCGAGGCGGUCACUCUGGAUUGCUACCAAUGCACAUCAGAGGAUGAAUGGAAAUGUAUGGAUGGUGAAUUGGUUGAAAAUUCCCUGAUGCCGACCAAUUGCAGUCAUAUUUAUGGAGCACGUUAUUGCAUCAAAUCGGUCGGCCGUUACGGAGGUGGCAUCGGUACAAAACGAUUUUGCUCAGCUGUACACAUGGGAGAUUAUUGCGACUACGUAAAACAGCCAGGCGACAAGUUGACAUAUCGCACCUGCGUGUUCACGUGUUCCAGCGACGGUUGCAAUCCAGCGUCGUCCUUAAUGCCGACCAAAAGUACAUGGAUCGUACCAAUGGGUCUUUUAAUGGCUUGGGAGAGAUUGUUUCACAGGUAGAAAGCAACGAAUACGUACGAUUGCGCCUUUAUACGGGCCUAUAGGAUUCGAUAGACUAUAAGAAUAGAUUGGUUCGAUCAAUUCAGUCAAUUAAUCGAUGAGUCGGAACAAUGACUCGUGAACAAUUUCCCAUCCGAGGCUGACGAAAUAUUCAUGGUUUUUAUUUUACGUUACUAAACAUUACGUUAAAGUAAUCUUUCACACGCAAGCGCACGCGCGCGCGCGCGCACGCACACACACACACAGACACACACACACACACACAUUCCUAUAUAUUUCUGUAGAUAUUAGACAAGUGGUGACGAAUGUAAUGUGUACCAAAGUGAAACAUGCCCGUCCAUUUUACUCACAACUAGAAGAAAAACUAAAAGAGCAUUGUAUAAUUAAGAUAUGUUUAGUCCAGCAGAUGUGUACGUUUGUACCAACAAAGGGAGGGGGGGGAGGGAGAGAGAGAGAGAGAGAGAGAGAGAGAGAGAGAGAGAGAGAGGGGUAUGAGUGAGAAUGAAUGAAUGUAUGUUUGUAUUACUUGAUUACUAUAAUACUUGUAAAUUUUUAUCUAUGAUAAAGCAACAAAAUGUUUUUAUAUCGUAUAUUAUUAAUAAAACAAAAAUGAUACGACUAAAUGUUUUCUUUUUAUUUUUUAUUUCGUUGAUAGAUCUCCCGUUUACCGCAUAUCGUGUGUGUGUGUGUGUGUGUGUAUAUGUAUAUAUAUAAAUUUUCUUUCUUCACAACGCAUCGUUUCCAUCGAUAUAAAUUUAUCAGAUGAGCGCCACAUAUACUGAUGAUAAAUUCAUUUAUAACCACACACAUUUUUUUCCUGCUUGUUUAUACACUAUAUAUUACACGAUUGAAUUUCGAUGAUGGAUUUUGACAAACAUAAUGUAUAUACGGGCAUUGCGAGUAAAUUUAUAAUUUGUAAUAAAAUUCAUUACGUUGACGUUUAUUAUACAAAAGUUAUUAGUAUUGCGUCCUUACAUAAAAAUACUGUGAAAAUUUACUGGAAUAUAUAGAUAUACGUGAUUGUAAAUAUCUAGCAAACUAAUUGACGCUAUGUAGAAACUUUACCAAUACUCCUUCUGAUGCAGAUUGUAUAUAAAUUGACGCUUCUAAAAAAGCGUAAUAAUUCCAUCCAUGUAAUAUCCAAUCCAAUGUAAGCUUCUCAACGAUAAUCUUUAUUCAAUAUCAAACAGAAUCUCAUUGAAUACCUUUAACUGUUGACAACUGUUUAUUAGAGAUAAUUGGUGAUUGACCAAUAGAAAAGACCAAGGACCAAGGAUAUGCGUUAAUAACGAUAAUUAUAAUGUCUCGCAAGACUUAUGUUCGGUAGAUUUUGUUGUUGUGAUAAAAUGACACAACGGAUUUCUCAAUACAAGCGAUAUAUGACGAAGCGCAGCAGGACGCUAUAUUUAUCUAGCCAGGUACUAUAUUUAUCGAUUUACGGUACAAUUGCACAUUGUAUGACAAAUACAUAUAUAAACGUAUAAAUCGUUAGACGAUUUUAUUUUUGUUAUUAAGCAGAAAUAUAUAAUUCCGUAUAAUAAUGUGUAGUCCUCAAUCAUAGGACUAACGCUAGAAAUAGAUUUUCUAGUAUAUUUGCUAUCAUAUUUUUCAAUUCAAGUUAAUCAUAGUAAACGAAAUCAACAUUGAGUGUAAACGUUACAUUCUUUGAAUCGAAAUGUAGAUAGAUGCAUCAUUUGUAUUUGUUCAUGGCAUUGAUUAUACAAUAUACAAUAAACUUGGUAAUUCCGCGUACAUGCACACGUUGCAUUAUACAUACAUACAUAACACACACACACACCUCUCUCUCUCUCUCUCUCUCUCUCUCUCUGUGUGUGUGUGUGUGUGUGUAUGUGUGUGUAUGCGCGCGCGCGCAUAUGUAUAUAUGGAUCGUACAAGAAAUUUCACGCGCGAGAUAAUUUCCAGAAGAACUGAGCGUAACAUUUAGUAACUGAAUGUAAUAUUUAGCAAGUAUAUAUCAUCACUGCCACGUAUACAUUUUUAUUGCUAUCGACACAUCAAGGCAGUACAGAUGGCAGUGAAAGAUGCAUGCGAUAGCAAAAAUGCUCGAUAAGUUACAACUCAUUCUUAUGUAUAAUAUGAUACAGCAGAUAGCAUAGAUAGUAUUGUAGAGCGUCGUGCAAUCUCGUAAGCGUAA